GGAACAUUCUUCUUCAGGAAAAUAAAACAUUUUGCCAAUUUAAUGGCACCCCAUUCUCAAAUUAAUAUGAAAAAAGAACUAAAAACCUAACUUUCUCCCCUAGACAUCAAUAAUCCAAUCAUUCUCCACCUCAUUGUCCUUCUUAUCAUCCUCAUCAGAGGACACCACAACCUCAAAAUCAUCUUUCUUCAUCUUCUCUGAAGCAGGUGAGCUGUUGUUGUCUUCACUUGGACCCUAUAAUUAGCCCAGAAAUCCUCUUAUCUCCUCCUCAACCCCCUCUCUUGACACACUGACUGCAGCAAGACAAUCAUGACCAUGGGCCAUGACCUUGGCCUCAAGCCUGACUAUCAUUUGGCAGAAUCAGGUCUCCCUACAUGCAGCAAUAGGAUGCUGUACCUGGCUUGUUUUGAUCUAAAUAUGUCAGAACUGUUACCAAAUUUCAUUACUUUUGGAUUCUAUCUUCUUUUUCUGCCAAGCUUCAUUCUCAGUCUUUGUAGUCUCUUCUCAGCAAUGCUUCUUCUCUUCCUCCCUCUUCUUUUGCUGAGAGACCAUGAGCUGGUGCUUAUGAUACUUCUUUGACUUGCCCUUGGCAAAUCACUUGGCCAUCAACUCUUCAAUGGCUUUAUCUUUAAUUAUCUUGUGAUCCUCCUUACUGCUAUUCUGCCUGCAAUGAAUAUUAAUAUGAUUCAAUGCAAAUUACUGAGAGUGCAUACCACUCAUGUUUUGCUCAGAUUCUCUUCAGCACAUUAUGACAUGUCUUGCAAUCCAUCUCUUCUGUCUUGAAUAUGUCUUUUUGAUGACCUUUCAAG